AUGCUGGUGCGCACGAGCGGCCUUGUGCGCCGCACCAUCGCAGAAGAGGAGGCGCAGUGUGCCUACAACCGCCAUGUGCUCACAGAGGUGCAGAGCGUGCUGGACGAGAUGGUGUACGACGUGGAGAGCUGCGAGCACGAAUGCGAGCUCGUGACACUGCGACAGCAACUAGCUACUGCAGAGAGCUCCCUGCUGGAGUAUCAAGAGCGGGAGAGCGAGCUGAUACAGGAGAGGCAGCAGGCGUACGAGUAUGCGGUGAAAGUGGAGCAAGAGGGCAGAACAAUCAUGAGCAAGCUGAAUGAACACUUGUCGGUUGUUGUCUCGGAGCUCGCCAAGAAGGAAGUGAUGGAGAAGGAGCUGCAGCAGGCGAAGGAGCAUUUAAAAUUAACAGGGCAGCUCUCGAAAGAGCUAGCUAGUGCCCAGCGAGAAAUUCGUGAGUUACGGAGAGCGAACGACAUCCAGUAUAUUCUCAGGAGAAACUACUCAAAACCUGCGAAGCUUGUGUCGGACUCGAGGAUACAGCCACGUGGCAAUGGUAGACCUGCACGCGCUAAGUCAGUCCCCGGAGGAUUGUCUGCAUCAAUGAAUGACGAGGAGAACGUCUUCUCGUCACUACCAGACAACGUGAUGCUCAAGCUGUUUUCCUUCUUGGACGAGGACAGUAUGGUCGCAAUUAGCGUCACUGAUAAAGUGCUGGUGAGACGAGUGAAUGUGAUGUUUGGAGUCACGACGCCUUCCAGCUUGGCCUACAGCGCUCCCCCAGCUCCAGUUAAGCGACCUGCAUCGCCUCCACCUAGGAAGACGUCGAAGGGCCGAAGUCUCAGCUUCAUCGGGUCGUCGGAGAAGGACAAGCUCUCGAAGGUGGACGCGAUCGUGAAAGCACUUAAGCCUGACCAGAUCAAGUUAUUCCACGAUAUGUCAACUAGAGUGAAGACAUUAGAGGCUCAUCUCGCUCAGGUGCAGACUGAAAAGGAAGAUGUGGCUGCACGUCUGUAUAGCGCAGAAAGCGUCCGUGACUUCCUCAUGGAGAAACUAAAAGACUUAGAAGACACGCUGGCUAAUAGCAUGACAGCGACAGCGAAAAACGACGCGCAAGCGGCUGUUGACCGGGAGAUUAUCGGCUUCCUCGAUGCGAAGACACAGGAGUACGAAGUCGCGUUGAAGGAGUAUGCGCUCCAGAAUAAUGGACUUCGUAUGGAGCUUGCCCAGCUGAUAGAGGAUCAUGCGUCCAAGACAACGAUUAUCCAAGACAUGGUCGAGUUGCUUACCGAGGAGAAGAAGGAGCUCGAAGGGCAGGUCCGUUCCCAACGUAAGAUCUUGGUUCGUGAAGUCAAGGUGCUGCGCGCGCAGAACCAGCAACUUGCCGCCGAGAAAGACCACUACUUCACGCAGCUUAAGCAACUUAAGCACGCCCUCCAACACCUCGAAGAGCUCAGCGAAGUUCCGUAA